AUGGCAGAUUUUCAACCCAAGAGCAUUCUCAUUUUCGGCGCUACCGGCAACAUCGGGCGAUAUAUCACCAAUGCUGUCGCCAAUGCGCAACCAGCAUUCGAUCAGGUGGCCAUCUUCACCUCGGAAGACACAGUUACCAGAAAACCAGGAUUGAUCAAAGAGCUCAAGUCAAAGGACGUCAGGAUCAUCACGGGAGAUGUCAAUAAUCCUGAAGACGUAAAGAAGGCUUACCAAGGCGUCGACACUGUCAUCAGUGCAGUGGGACGCAAUGUCAUCGAGACACAGAUUGAGCUCUUCAAACUCGCAGCUGAGUCUGGUUCAGUGAAGUGGUUUUUCCCUUCAGAAUACGGCACGGAUAUCGAAUACGGCCCUCAGAGCGCCAGUGAGAAGCCCCAUCAGCUGAAGCUCGAGGUACGAAAGUACAUCCGUGAGAACUCCAGUGGUCUGAAGUAUACUUUUGUCGUCACGGGACCAUAUAUCGAUAUGUAUUUUACCCUCUCGCCUGAUGUUAUUGAAGCUGGAGGGUUUGAUCAUAAGAACAAGAAGGCGGUUUUGAUUGAUAAUGGGGAGGGCAAGAUUGGCUUCACAACUAUGCCUGAUGUUGGAAAGGCUGUAGUCGCCGCUCUUCAUCAUCCCGCAGAGUCUUUCGACCGCGCUCUGAUAGUCCAAUCCUUCGUCGUGAACUCUAAGCAGAUUCUCAAGGAGCUUGAGAAGCAGACUGGAGGUGAACCGUGGGAGGUUUCAAGCUAUACUCUAGAUGAGUUGAGGGAAGCAGAGAAGAAGGGGUGGGCAUCUGGAAACCCCAAGGCUGUUUCAUAUACACUUCGACGAAUCUGGUCUGAAGGCGGCACACUCUAUGAAAAGACAGACAAUGAGAGGAUUGGACUCAAGGAUGAAGACCUGGAGACUCUGGAGGAUGCUGUUAAGAGGGAACUUACGACUGGAUACUAA